AUGUCAGAGCUAAGUGCAUGUGGAAAAAUAAUCAAAUACUUGUUGCUGCUUUUCAAUUUGGUUUUGCUGAUAAGCGGCAUUGCCAUGAUCUGCACGGGCGUCGCUGUCAGUGUUAAAUUCAGCAUUCCGAUGCAUUUUGUGGCAAAUCACCAGUCGGAUAGAACACUCGCCAGCGUCGCAUCAGCAUUUUCAUCUGCGCCGACGUUACUGAUGCUCUCAGGAGUGAUCAUUGUCAUUAUCACGAUUUUCGGCUGCUUGGGAGCAACGAAAGAAGGUCCCUGUUUAAUUGGAACUUUUGCUGUUUUACUUUUCAUCGCUUGCAUAACUGAAUUCUCCGCAGCGGGUGGAAUUGCCAGCUGGCGAAAACUCGACGAAAACGCGGACCAAAAAAUUUCCGAUGCAUUCGACCAAUUAAUCGUUGACUACAACGACACUGACUUUAAAGAAUCCAACAUGAUCGACACGAUUCAAAUCAUGUUCAAAUGCUGUGGCAACACCGACCUCAACGAUUGGGAAAAGUCUGAAUGGAGCAAAUCAAAGGGCGAUCCUGAGAAGCAUUUCCCCCUUUCUUGCUGCGGACUAGACAAACACGAUGAAGAAAACGCGGAAAAACUCUGCAGCAAAGAUAUGGUCGAAGAAAAACACGAAAAAGGAUGCAAAGUAAUCUUCCAAGAAUCUGUUCAAGACAAUGCAGGAUUGAUUAUUGGCACAGGAGUGACCAUGGGUGUCAUUCAGAUCUUCGGAAUUAUCUUCUCCUGCAUUUUCAUCAAACAACUCCGAGCUGGUGCUGGCUAUCAGCCACAGUACAACAAUUAUUAA